UGAACCCUGAAGUGCAUGGGAUGGAAUAAUUUGAGGAUAAUGAGCGCAUUCAGAGCUUCCAUUUUAUACAAAUUAAGUCCAACGAGGCAUUUCUACACCAUGACAGACAGAAAUCAGCUUAAAUUCAAUACUGUUGUGUUUCUUAAUUUCUGCGUCGUAACAGUUUGUAAAGUAGUUUAUUUUUAAUCGGAAAAGGGACACGCUGGAUUAUUAACAAUCAUCCUUGGAUCAAGCUGUUGAAGGCGCGUUCUUGCAUUUAAAGAAUUUACGACAGAUGACUUAACUUUGAAGUAACAACCUCAGGAUGAGACUCUGGACUUUACUUGUCAUUAUCCCGGUGUGCGCAUCCUCUCCUCUUUUGACCGAAACGUCUAAACCCAAAGGUCCAGCUGUGGAUAACCGCUGCUCCGGACGAGCCUGCAACCCUCGCAUGGGUAACCUGGCACAGGGCAGAGUGCUCACCACCCAGUCGGUCUGCGGCUCCAACGUCUCCGAGCCCUACUGCUCCUAUAAGCAGACUUCAGCCCCCCGCAGCAGGGAGUCCUGCUCGGCAGCAAAAUGCAGCAAGUGCAACGCUGCCAUCCCCAGCCAGGCGCACCCUCCCUCUGCCAUGAGCGACUCCUCUUUCCGCUACCCCGAGACGUGGUGGCAGUCUGCGGAGGGGGUGAAGGAGGAGACGCUCCAGCUGGACCUGGAAUCUGAGUUCCUCUUCACCCAUCUCAUCCUGGUGUUCCGCUCCCCCCGGCCCGCUGCCAUGGUGUUGGAGCGCUCUCAGGACCACGGACACACAUGGAAGACCCUCAGGUAUUUUGCCAGGGACUGUGAGGAGGCGUUUGGCCUGGCAGAGGGGUCACCACCAGCCGGGGAGAGUGGGGCAACUUGCUCUUCUAAGUAUUCCGGAGCUUUUCCUUGUACAAGAGGAGAGGUGAUCUAUCGAGCCUUAUCGCCCUGGCACUCUGUGGAUCCCUAUGGACCGGCUGCUCAGGACCAGCUCAUGAUCACCAACUUGAGAGUCCGUCUGCUGCAGCGCCAGCCGUGUCCCUGCCAGGCCAAACAUCCAGGUGCUGAUGUUCUGCCCACAGACCAUUAUGCCAUCUAUGAUUUUAUUGUCAAAGGCAGUUGUCUUUGCAAUGGACAUGCUGACCACUGUGUACCAGCCAAGGGCUACAAUCCCAGCCAGCAGAGGACCAGUAACAUGGUCCAUGGCAAGUGUGUUUGCAGACACAACACAGCUGGUGACCACUGCGAGCGCUGUGCACCACUCUACAACGACCAACCCUGGCAGGCUGCCAAUGGCAUCAUAGGGACACCGCAUGAGUGCCAGAAGUGCAAGUGUAACGGUCAUGCCAAGAGCUGUCACUUCAAUCGUGGAUUGUGGCUCGCAUCAGGACGGCGGAGUGGAGGUGUGUGUGACGACUGCCGCCACAACACAGAGGGUCGUUACUGCCAGAACUGUAAGAAGGGCUUCUUCAGAGAUCCCAGUCGUCCAAAAACUGCACCCGACUCCUGCAAACCCUGUUCUUGCCACCCUGUAGGCUCCGUCCUCUCAAGUGGUAGCUCUCUCUGUAACCCUAGCGGUGGGGAGUGCACUUGUAAGCCUGGUGUAGGAGGCCCCCGCUGUGACGGCUGCAUGAUGGGAUACUGGGGACUUGGUGAAUACGGCUGCCGUCCAUGUGACUGUACAGGGGACUGUGACCCUUACACUGGUGACUGCAUUUCUGGCUCAGAUGUGGAGGUCUUCUAUACAGCCACUGGCCACAUGGGACACAGCAGCAAUAAUAGUGAGACGGCACUCUUUAGGGCAGAGGAGCUUUUCUCUGCACUGCACCACUCUGAGAAAUGUGAAUGUGUGGAAGGGACCCUUGGCAGCCCUAAACUCUUUUGUGCUGCAGAGUAUGACUAUGUGCUGGUAGUGAGGGUGAUGUCAGCUCAUGAUAAAGGCUCCCAUGCAGAGGUGGAGGUCAAGGUCAAGAAGGUCUUGCACCAGAACCCUCAGAUGAAGAUCCAUAGAGGAAGUGUCACCCUUUACCCCGAGUCCUGGACCAUCAAAGGCUGUACCUGUCCCAUCCUCAACCCAGGAUCUGAAUAUAUAGUGGCUGGACAUGAGGACUGGAAGACUGGCCGACUAAUGGUGAACACCAAAAGCCUUGUUAAACCAUGGAAGUCGAGCCUGGGACGCAAAAUCCUCCACAUCCUCAGGAAAGAAUGUGGCCACUGGUAGGGCAACGAACUGCAGAAGACAGAGGGAUGGAAAGAUGGAUGAUCAUCUGUGACAUACAGAUGAUUUGUUGGAUGAACAGAGGGGACACUGAAUUAGGGAUUGCUCGGACACUAAAGUGAAUGCAAAACCAGUGCCUACUACACGGAUUUCACUGUUUCUUCUGUUUACACAGUGGAGUCCUCGGCCCCAAAAACUACAAGGCUGUCGUUGUUGUUAACUUGUGGUAGAAAUAAGCAGAUACUGUAAGCAGAUACCCUGCUAGACUACAGUCAUUUAAGGAUCAAAGAGAGCAAAGCAUGCCAUAAAGACUUUCAUCCAGACAAAGACAAAGUUGAUGAUUCAUUCCUGUGUUACGAUACGCCUCACAUCAUAAUUCUUUCCCGGUUAUUUAUAAGACAAUAAGGUAUGCAGGUAAAUACUCCAUAAUACUUUAUUCCCUGGCCAAAGUUGCUGUCAGUUGAUGAGCCAAAACACAGACAUGUCCUACUGUAUCUAUUUCAUUGUAAGCUGUUUACUUUGAAGUCUUACAAAGACACAGCCCGAAUCAUCCUUUUUGUCUCACAGAUAUUGGUGAUAAAUCAUGAAUGAGUCAACAUCAGAAUGUGUCUGAAUGUGCGUGUGUGUGCAUAUGCUUGAUGUCCUUGGCAAGGGAGUCUGGGACUGUGCAGGUCAGAACAAGUAACUCCUCGAUGAGGGGAGAGGAUGAAAAAAACAUUAAAGGAGGCGGCUUAAUCUGAACAGCUCUGCUCUGCUCCUGCACACUCGCCCGCCUGCUGUCUGACAAGAGCAGAACUCACUCUGCUCCACCCUCUUUGGUCUGCAGUACACGCAACUGGCUAAAACAGUCGAGAUUGAGUUUGUUCUUACAGCUGGUUCAGUUACAUGAGUGGAUCUUUGUCAGGUUCCUUAAGUCAGACUUGAUUCUGUGAGGAUUUUCUGUUGUCCCUGUAAGACCUUCUGCAGCUCCAUAUGAGGAUGCACUUGAUAAGGCCUCUCCGACCCUGUGGGAGCCAGUGUGUGUGUGUGUAUGUGUGUGAGAGAAAGCAAGCACACACACUCCUAACACAUGUCUCUUUUUGGCCUGUGACUCCUGCUGCCCUAAAAUAAAUAUGUAUUAAAAGCCUGGGUAUUCAUUGACAUCACAGUAUAGUCCACAGGCUGUUUUUGAGCCAGGUCCAGUUAAGAAUAGGCCUGGUCUGCUGUCUCCAAGGAAAAGGAUAAACUCUGCGAGGAGACAUGAUGCAUUCCUCAGCCAUGACAUCACCGCCCAUGUCCUUGUCACAAAGACUUUACCAAAAUAAGAAAAAAUGGGCUGGAUUUUUUCUCAUGAAGGACAAAAUGGUGAUUUAAGGUACAUUAAUGUACUUCUGCCAUCAAUGUGAUAUUUGUAAUGCUAUUUCUGUGUACGAUAUGUUUUUCUUUUUUUGCAUCUAAGCUGUAUAAACCAC